CUCAUGACUUAGAGCUUCAAGAUGGAAGGGAUCUUACUAUCAUGUCUGAUAUGCAAAAGGGAUUGCUUAAAGCUGUAUCAGAAGUGUUGCCUGAAAGUGAACAUAGGUGGUGUGCCAGACAUAUAUUACCAAGCUGGUCCAAAGAUUGGAGAGGAUUAGAGAGGAGAAAUAACUUCUGGAGGUGUGCUAGAGCAUCAUGUGUGGCAGAACUGAAUUUUCACCUGGACAGUUUGAAUAUGCUUGGGAAUGGGAUAUGUGAGAGCCUCUUGAGGUAUAACAAGGAAACCUGGUGUAGAGCAUACUUCAACUGUGACAGGAAAUAUGAUAUAAUUGACAACAAUAUGUGCGAGACAUUUAAUGCUUGGAUACUUGCUGCUCGACACAAGACAAUUAUCACAAUGUUGGAGGAAAUUAGAGUGAAGAUGAUAGAGAGAAUAGGAAAGUUGAGGGAGUUUGCAGAUACAUGGAUAUGUGAUAUAUCCCCAAUUGCUAUGAAGGUGUAUCAAGAUAACAUGGCACAAUCUAUGAGGUGUACAAUCAAGUGGAAUGGUGAAUAUGGCUAUGAGGUUGAGGAUACCUCAUUAAGAGUGGUGCUGAAGCAUUGUGUGAAUAUGCAAGCUCAAACUUGUACAUGCAGGUCAUGGAUGCUGAAGGGUAUCUCUUGUGCUCAUGCCAUUGCUGUUAUGCAUUUCAAGAACCUUGACCUAAUUAACUACAUAUCUCACUGGUACCACAAAUCCACCUAUCUGAAGGCAUAUUCAACAUUCAUCCAGCCUGUGUCAAAUAUGCAAAUGUGGCCAACAUCUACCAAUCCACCAAUUGAACCCCCACCAAUUAAAAAGAUGCUGGUAGAUCAAAGAAGAAGAGAAGAAGAGAAGAAACUGAACAUCCUACUUCUGGAAAGCUUUCAAGAAGGGGUAUAGAGAUGACAUGUUCAAACUGUGGUGGAUAUGGACACAACAAGAGGAGCUGCCCUAAGAAAGCAAGGCCUGCAGAUUCUACUCCAGCAAAUGCUUUAUAUAUCCAAAGAUGUGGAGGAAGAGGCAGAGCAAGAGGAACAGGAACUCCAACUACUUCUGCCCCUGUUGCUGCUGGUAGAGGAAGAGGAACUGCUGCUAGUAGAGAAAGAGGAAUUGGUACUCCAACUACUUCUGCCCCUGCUGCUGCUGGUAGAGGAAGAGGAACUGGUAGUGGUAGGUGAAGUUCUGGGUUUGGACUAUUUCAAUCAAGCAGUGGGUUCACAAGUUUUUCUUCUGGUGGAGGUAAGCCAAGAGUGGUCUCUCAUGGUGGUGAAAAGAGGUCCUCGGCAGAUAUUCUGGAGUGUGCAUACAAGCCAAGAAGUGGUGUAAAAUGGAAUGGUAGACCAGCCAUUACUAGAAGACAACUUGAAAGAACUGCUGCAACUCGUUCCAGAACUGCCACAUCUCAAUCCAAUUUAAGUCAAGCAAGUUCAUCAUCCCAGCCAUAC